ACUACAUCCAGGAGGCAGUAACGCAUCAUUCUGGAAGACAGCUGCCGUAAAACCUCAAAGAAGAAGCCGAUGACUCUGACGUCAUCACGCAUAACGUGAAGCACUGAAGCAACAUGGCUCUGAAUGGAGAUGACGAGGACUAUGAGUGGGAGCCUCCAACCGAGGCAGAGAUGAAGGUGAUCCAGGCUCGUAGGGAGAGGCAGGACAAGAUCAGCAAGCUGAUGGGAGACUACCUGCUCAAAGGGUACAAGAUGCUGGGAGAGUGCUGCGACAUGUGCGGGACAAUUCUCCUCCAGGACAAGCAGCAGAAAAACUACUGUGUGUCAUGUCAGGAGCUGGACUCUGAUGUUGACAAGGACAACCCUGCUCUGAAUGCCCAGGCAGCAUUGUCCCAAGUGAGGGAGAGACAGCUUGCAGCCCAGGCCCCUGCACCGUCCCCAGCCCCGGCCCCUGAACUCAAUGGUGGCCCCAGCAGCAGUCAGGCAGGUGUGACGGUUCCCAGACCGGAGCACUGUGAGGGGGCUGCCGCAGGGGGAAGAGCUGCUCUGCCUCCCCCCGCUGUCACCUCUCCUUUAACUACUGCCACUACCACUCCCCUAGCACCUACUCGUCCUCCAGUCACUCCACAGAGCGCUGCCCUCAACCCUGUGUUGCAAGAAGCCGAGGAAGCUGUUCUCACCAAACUUCGCUGGGCCACCACACAGCUACAGAGUUCAGCAUCCCUGGAGACGAGUAUCCAGCUGUGCAGCCUCAUCACCAGCUGUGCUAGCUCACUGCGCAGCCUCAAGGAGCUCAGCCAGUAACCGUCAUGGAAAAGAUUAAAACCAUGGAUUAACAGGAACGCUGUUUCUACUUGCCUCUGUCCUGGAAUACUGACUGUGGUUUGCUGCUUCGCAGCAUCUCUCUUUGACUGAAUCCUCGCGUCGAGCUCGAUUCAUAAUUGGUCAGGAAACGCACUUGAAAUGUGAUUAAAAUGUCAAAAGUUGCUCUUCAGUUAACAUCCCUAUAUGGCUGGCAGAAAUAUGUUACAUGCAUUCAAAAUGUUUAAGUGCAAGGGUUUGAACAUUUGACUCUUUUUGUCAGUGUGUAAGUUCUGAUAUAACGAGAGCUGAUCAUGUCUAAAUGCAUGUACGUCACUGGUAUUAAUCUGGCCAAUUAAAAAUGAUUCUACAGUAAAA